AUGAAAGGAAGUAGUUAUGGCCACUGUUGCAGUAAAGUGGUCAAUGCAACUCAAGUGAACUGUGAAGCAAUUAUGAAAAGAUUGCUUGUGCAUUGGUUCAAAUGGAUGCGCAGGCAAGGAAAAUUUGACUUUGGAAAUAGGAUUUCAAACAUCAAAGGAGGAGUCAGAGAAAGAAGUGCAUUUAAUGGAGUCAAGGUGAAGGAGUGCGAAAUACGAAAGAUGAGGCAGCUUCUACUCCUCUUCGCCGAGAUGCUACACCCAGAAUUAAGUAGCUGUUUGAAGUCGUGCGUGGUUGGGAGCCGGUGUGGGCGGGAGGAGGAGAAAUUGGAAGGAUUAAUUAGAAAUGCCGAGGAGGAAGAGGAAGGGUGCGAGGCACAAAAUUUGAAGCAUUGUUUGUUCCACUUUGCUCAAAAGUUCUGCCCAGAUUCGGACGAAUGUUUGGGGAAAUAUGUGGCUGACCUCUCCAACCAUUCGGAGGUUGCGGAGUCGAUUAGCCCAUGCGAGAAUUCGCUUGAAAUGACUGGAAGUUGCAGGGCAAUAAACGAGUCUCCCACGAAUUCCAUCGCUUGUCAGCGCAAAUACCUUAUAAUCUUCUUACUUCUUUUGGCUCGGAGGUUUUAUCCCAAGCUGGCUAUGCGUCUUGAAAGUUCGGCUUUGUUCAACAGCUAA